AAGAGCUGGAUGAGGGAGAGACAGAGGUGGAGGCUUCAGACACUACUUACAUAGCGGAUUUCUAGUCUCUUGUUCUUCUCGGCCCGGCGGCUGACUUUAUCGGUUGUGUACCUCUGUCGGAGGUAAUUGCAAUCUGGAUAACAAAGAAGACAAGGGAGAGAGGAGAGCAUAGACGACAGGAAUGAGAGAGGAAUAAAGAAAUAGCUGAUAGCUUAAGAAAAAGGGAUCGACACCGUGAACGAGCCACUCAGGAGGAGACAAACCCCGGCCAGACGACUCGUUAGCACGGAUACAGGGAGGCAAAGAGGAGGGGGAACGACCGGGAGACAGACUGAUUAAUAACACAAGAGAGGAAAGCUAUUAUCAGUAGGGCAUGGCAGAUGCAGACCUGGACUUCCAGACAGGUGAUGCUGGGGCAUCCGCCACCUACCCCAUGCAGUGCUCUGCCCUGCGUAAAAACGGCUUUGUCGUCUUGAAACACCGACCCUGCAAGAUCGUUGAGAUGUCCACCUCCAAGACUGGAAAGCACGGCCACGCUAAGGUCCACCUGGUUGGCAUCGACAUCUUCUCUGGUAAGAAAUAUGAAGAUAUCUGUCCCUCCACCCACAACAUGGACGUCCCAAACAUCAAGAGAAUGGACUAUCAGCUGAUCGGGAUCCAAGAUGGCUACCUGUCCCUGCUCCAGGACAGUGGUGAGGUGAGAGAGGACCUGAAGAUCCCUGAGGGAGACCUGGGCAAAGAGAUAGAGAGCAAGCACGAAGCCGGAGAGGAGAUCAUGAUCACCGUUCUAAAUGCAAUGGAUGAAGAAGCUGCGAUUGGCAUCAAAGCCCUGGCCAAAUAAGCCACUGCAGGGGUAAACGAGAUGCACUGGACCUGGGGAAAAAAGGAGGGGAUAUUGCCUCGUCAAUGCUUUUCUCCCUCUUUUUCUUUCUUUUCAUCUUUGUUUUACAUACUCUCUCUCCCUCACUCUUUCUGAGCCUUCUUUGGGCUCAUUUAGAAAAGAACUUUAAUAAAUAAUUGGAAAUGCCAAACAAACAUUCUCUAUGUACACAUGCAAUUAAAACCACACAUCUGGACUUGCAGGUUAAAAAAAGUCACAGAGGAAGGUCUCUAGUUCAAAUAUUCAGUAGCUUCCUACCAUCAGGGGAAAGAAAGGUGGUGAUUCUGUCACAUCAGUUUUAUUUUUUAUACAUGUCCCCCCUGUUUUUGAAGGGCUUCAACUCUACAUCUGCAUUAUUCUGUUGAGGCUUGUUCAGCGUGUGCCAUACUUGACGUUUAAUGUGUGGCGCGUUUUAUUUUGGUGAGUCAUCUGAACAAGCACCUCCUGCUGUUAAUUUUAUCACCUGAAACCUGUCUAUUAAACAAAGGUUACAAACAUGGUACACAAAGGUGCAGUUUCCUUUUUAUCUUGAGGAGUUUAAUGGGUUAAAAAGAUGCAGAAAGUCUUGAAAAAUGUAAAUUAUCAAAGGCCACUGGACCGAGUUUCCUCCUAGAGAUGUUCAGAAGGAUUGCAGAAGCAUUACUUGGUGUUCAAUAAAAUCUGAGCAACAGUUUAGGAGGCCGAGGAGUUGUGUUUGUCUCCAAACAAAUAAAGGUUACACAAACUGUU